AUUUGUUUUUAUUCCGCAACUUAAAUUUUUUUCCUUAUUUGUCUUCGUAUUUCCUAAGCGCAAGUGAUAAGUUACAAGUGGGCCAGUGGCCAUUAUUGUGCAGCGGGUUUUAUGUUAGAAUUUGGUUGGGGAACUGAAAAUUUCGGAAUGAGUAAGGACGUCGCACAAAAGCGCGGACGUAGUCCUGUCCGAUCGGAAGAUAAUGACGACGAAUGGAUCGGCCCAUUGCCAUCAGAAGCUGCGGAGCCUAUCAAGAAAAAAAAGACGCUACCCUUUGAAAAUGUCUUUUUGGACGCCUUGCCCAGUUCGGAUGCGUAUGAGCGGAGUUACAUGCACAAGGACCCUGUGGCGUUUGUCCGCAUGACGAAAACCGAAUUCCUUAUAACUGCUAGUACUGAUGGCCAUUUGAAAUUUUGGAAGAAAAUGGAGCGUGGAAUUGAAUUUGUAAAGCAUUUCCGAGCCCAUAUGGGAAACAUACAGUUUAUCAGCGUAAACACGACAGGAACUCUCCUGGCCACUAUCAGUUCAGACAAGAGCAUGAAAGUCUUCGACGUGAUAAAUUUCGACAUGAUCAACAUGAUGAAGCUGGGCUACACUCCGCUGACGUGCGAAUGGAUCCACGCUCCGGGCGAACCUGUAUCCACUGUCGCCGUAGCGGAUAAGGAUUCGCCGCGGAUACUCAUUUACGACGGACGCGGCGUGAAUGAACCACUGAAAGUGCUGGACACCCUCCAUCGCUCUCCCGUCGUGAUCAUGCGGUUCAAUGCUGUUUUUGAGACGGUUGUGUCGGUGGAUAAAACCGGUAUUCUGGAAUACUGGCGCGGUGCAUCGGGCGACUAUAAAUUUCCACAAGAUCUGCUCAAGUUUGAAUUCAAGAGCGACACGGAUUUAUUUGAUUUUGCGUCGAGUAAAUCUGUGCCAACAGGAAUUGAUUUCUCCAAAGACGGGAAACUGAUGGCUACAAUUGCCACCGACCGGAAAGUUCGCGUUUUCCGAUUUUUGACAGGAAAGUUUUACAAAGUGUUGGAUGAAUCCAUAAAAAGCUUCACAAGCUCUCUGGACGUGACAUCGAAGAUGUCCAUUGUGGAACGAGAGCGACGCAUUGCUGUAGAAAGAGAACUGGAAAAAUCGGAAGCGUUCAAUUACGCGAACAUAUUAUUUGACGACAGCGGAAAUUUCGUUCUGUAUGCGACACUGCUCGGCACGAAGGUUGUUAAUUUGGUUACGAACAGAAUAUCCCGAGUGUUGGGAAAAUCGGAGGGUCUUCGAUUCCUAAGCCUGGCAUUGUUCCAAGGGAAAAUUCGCACGAUGAAAGCGGCCACGACAAUAGAGGCGCAAGCCAGUGAUAAUCCCAUAAUGGACAUCGCAGAAUCGGAUCCCACGCUGUUCUGCACCGCGUUCAAGAAAAACCGCUUUUUCCUUUUCUCAAAGCGAGUGCCGCUAGAAACCGCAACCGAAGAGAGUGAUCGCGAUGUAUUUAACGAGAAACCUAGUAAGGAGGAAAUCCUUACCGCCACGGAAAGUCGCACAGAAAAACGAGUGUCAAACAGUGCCGUUAUCCAUACUACCUUGGGCGAUGUACAUGUUCAGCUGUUCCCCAACGAAUGUCCGAAGACGGUGGAGAAUUUCUGUGUUCACUCCAAAAAUGGCUACUUUAAUGGGCACAUCUUCCAUCGCGUAAUUAAGAGCUUUAUGAUUCAGACGGGUGAUCCGAAAGGCGACGGCACGGGCGGGGAAUCCAUUUGGGGCGGUGAGUUUGAGGAUGAAUUCCAUCCGACGUUGAAGCACGAUAGACCUUAUACGCUCAGUAUGGCCAAUGCCGGACCCGGAACAAAUGGAUCUCAGUUUUUCGUCACGGUCGUGCCGGCACCGUGGCUGGAUAACAAACAUACAGUGUUCGGGCGAGUAACCCGGGGCAUGGAAGUUGUACAGAAGAUCAGCCUGGCCAAAACACAUCCCAAAACCGAUAAACCAUACGAUGACAUUUCCAUCAUAAAUAUUGCUGUUAAAUGAAUGAAUUUGUUUUGUUGUUUUUAGUGUUUUGUAUCGCAUGUUUGACAUUUACAGUUUGUUAAUUUCACUGCCUCUGAAAAUGUUAUGCAAAGCUUUAGGGUUAGCAAAAUGGAAGGAUCAAUAAACAUAACUAA